AUGAAUAAACCGUCAACAUCUUCACUAAUUUUUAUAGAUAAACUUGAAUGUUUAAAUUGUUCAUCACAACUCAAUGAUGAUAAUUUGGAAUGCCCAUAUUGUACACAAGUAUUUUGUCGCAUUUGUAUUGAAUCUAGUUGUGAUAGUUCAAAUCAUGAACAUUAUUGUCCAACAUGUUACAAUAAAAAAAACAUAGAUUGUCUUGAUCCAAAUUGUUCAGCUCUAUUUUGUUACGAAUGUUGUAAAAAACUAAAUGAAAAACUAACAUCAAACGUUACGGAAGAGCUCAAUUCUACUGUGAAAAUUAUGUGUCCUCAAUGUGGAAAUGCUGAGAUGUAUGGAAGUAAUGUUGUCAUGUAUUAUUCUUAUCGAAUAAUUGAAUAUAAAAUAGCACAAGAAUCAGAAUCAAAGUCUGAUGUAAGUAUAUCGUUCCCAAAUACUGUAUGGACAAACGAAGAUUAUGUACCUGAAAGUGGAACAUUAGAAGAAAAUUAUAAUCGAAUUAUAUCAGUUAUUCAUUUCAAUGCUGAUCAUAUUCAAUUUAGCGAUAAAAAAGAACAUUGUCCAUUGUUAAUAAUAAAUGAACCAGCUGAAUAUACAUGUCCUGAAAAUGAUAACAAUGUUCGAUUGUAUCAAUACAAUCAAAGUUUAAUUGCAGCUUAUAUAUCACAUUUUAUAAGUUUUACUGCUCGCAAUAAUCGAUUCAAAGAAUGUGUUACGUUAGAUGACGCGUUUCUUGAUAGGACUUACGACUACGAUUUUACAACAUCAAAAGAUGCCAAUAGGACUUUUCAACGUGGUCCAGAACCUUAUACACGACUGUGUGGAUGGGAUAGAAAAGCUAUUAAAGUACUUGGAAAUAUGAAAAUGCUGAAUGGCUAG